UUGAAAUUUUUUGUCCUCCAUAGUGUGGGCUUCCAGCCCCGCCAUGGUCGCGGCGGCCAUUUUGGAUUGCUUCCAGAUGUUUUAUGUUGUGGGAAGGCGAUGACAAGGCGGGGCGUGUGAGAUUUAAUGACCUUGUCGGUCGGUAAUGUAUUUGUGUCAAGUUGUAUUUUGUAGUGGUGAAAUUUUAAAAUCUAACCGUUUUAACAGUGUCUAUAGCUUAUAUUAAGGUUUUAAUUUGCUCACUGUUAACCUACAUUUUCUUUAAUCGUCCGUGUCCGUGGGUGGUAAGUCCGAUUUACGAGUGUAAGGGAACGCAACAUUUGGCAUCGGGAACGUGACGUGUCUUUCCUGUUAAACCGGAAGAGACUCAAGCUUGUCUGUGAGCUGGUAAAACGUCAAUUUCAGCCACAUUGAUUUAAAAAAAAGCAGACAACAAUGGUGACAGACGUACAGUUGGCCAUAUUUGCUAACAUGCUCGGCGUGUCGCUGUUCUUGCUGGUUGUCUUGUACCACUACGUGGCCGUCAACAACCCCAAAAAGCAAGACUAGCCCAGGACAUGGAGAGAUGUUGGAAUCACCACCACCCAGGAAAAGAAUACAUUCCCUCUCCUUAAAAUGAUUUCCUAAAGAUUGUGCAGUAGUUUCUUUUCUAAAUAAAAUAUGCAAAUUGUGCAAUAGUUUCUUUUCUAAAUAAAAUAUGCAAACACGCGCUA